AUGGAUAAAUUUUUAUUUGGAAAACAAUCUACUUCUCCGGCAGAAGAUGAUGAACCUUGCACAAGCAGUAUUGCUAAGAAAAGAAAGAUUGUGAAUAGAAAAUACUCCGAAGACUACAUUCGUUAUGGCUUUUAUUGGUGCGGCGAUGAAGCGGCUCCGAAACCAUUAUGUGUAAUUUGCAACGAACAAUUAACAAACGACUCAAUGGUGCCCAGUAAACUAAAUCGCCAUGCUAAAAAGGAUAUAUCAUAUUUUCAAAGGCUUUUGGCUCAAAAUUUAAAACAAAAAAAAUUUAUGAUGUCGACCGUAUCUGUUUCCGAUAAAGCAUUAGAAGCUAGCUAUUACAUUGCAAAAUUAAUAGCUCGUGAAAAGAAACCUCAUACUAUUGGAGAAAAACUUAUUAAACCAGCAUGUAUGGAAAUUGUGCGAGUUAUGCUUGGACCUAAAGAGGUUCAGGAAGUGAGUAAGGUUUCACUGUCAGCUGAAACUAUUAAAAGACGUAUUGGCGACAUGUCAACAGAUAUUUUGAACACGCUUAUUUUGAAAUUGAUCGUAGCUAACAAUUUUGCUCUUCAAAUUGACGAGUCAACGGAUAUUAAAAAUCAAGCACAAUUAAUUGCAAUUGUACGUUUUGUUGACGAAGAUUGCAUAAAAGAAAAUUUUUAUUUUGUAAAAAACUUUCCGAACGAACUACUGGAGAGGAUAUUUUUCGAGUAA